UUUUUUUAUUUUUUAAUUUUUAUUCAAAAUUUAAAAACUUUCCAAUGGAAGUGGAUUCUUCACAAUCCAAUGUUUUAAUUCAAGUCCCAUCAACUGGUGGACGUAAAAUUGAGGAAAAAUUCAACAAAAAAGCUCGAAUAGCAGCACAUAGCCAUGUUAAAGGACUUGGAUUGAAUUCGACGACUGGAGAAGCUUUGAAUAAUGCAAGUGGAUUUGUUGGUCAAUGUGCAGCGAGAGAAGCGGCAGGAAUUGUUGUUGAAUUAGUAAAACAAAAAAAGAUGGCUGGCCGGGCAGUUCUUUUUGCUGGUCCGCCGGGGACUGGAAAGACGGCAAUUGCUAUGGCUAUGGCUCAGGAGUUAGGCGAUAAAGUGCCUUUUGUUCCGAUGGUGGGAUCGGAGGUUUUUUCUAGUGAAGUGAAGAAAACUGAAGUUUUGGUUGAAAAUAUUCGAAAAGCUAUUGGUCUUCGUGUAAAAGAAACAAAAGAAGUAUUUGAAGGGGAAGUUGUAGAAUUAUCACCAAAAGAAAUUGAAAACUCUCCUUUGACUGGGCUUGGAAAAACAAUUUCUCACGUUAUGUGCACUUUAAAGACAACAAAAGGAUCUCGGGAACUUCGACUAGAUCCUUCUAUUUAUGAUUCUCUUUUGAAACAAAAAGUUUCAGUUGGUGAUGUUAUUUAUAUUGAAGCUGGUUCUGGAACAGUUAAACGUUUGGGACGGUCAGAUAUUUUUGCUAACGAAUUCGAUUUGGAUGCCGAUGAAUUUGUUCCAAUGCCAAAGGGUGAUGUACACAAAAGUAAAGAGCUUGUUCAGUAUGUUAAUUUACAUGAUUUUGAUUCUGCAAAUUCUGCCCCACAUGGAAAGGCUGGAGAUAUGAUGACUAUGUUGUCACAAAUUUUGAAACCGAAAAAGACUGAAAUUACAGAAAAACUCAGAAAUGAAGUCAACAAAGUAGUUAAUCAAUUAAUUGAAUCGGGCCAAGCAGAACUCCUUCCCGGUGUUUUAUUUAUCGACGAAGUUCAUAUGCUCGAUUUGGAAUGUUUUACAUUUUUACAUAGAGCAUUGGAAUCUGAAAUUAGUCCAAUAAUUGUUUUUGCUACAAAUCGGGGGAGAACAAAAAUUAGGAAUUCUGAUGAAAUUGGAUUUUAUGGAAUUCCUUCUGAUUUAAUUGAUCGGUUGUUAAUUGUUCCAACAAAGUUAUAUUCUAUUGAUGAAAUUUCUUUGAUAAUUCAAAUCAGAGCAGAUGCCGAAGGUGUUCAAUUAGACGAAUUAGCAUUAAAGCGUUUAUGUGAACUUGGAAUGAAUGCUUCUUUACGUUACACAAUUCAAUUAUUAACCCCCGCAAAAUUAUUAGGAAUAAUUGGGGGAAGAAAAAUUGUUGAAAAGGAGGAUGUAAAUGAAUGUUUGGAUUUAUUUAUUGAUAGUAGAACAUCUGCUAAAUUAAUUAAAGAAGAAAAUAAAAAUGAAGGAAAUAAAGGAAGAAAAGAAGGGGGAAAUGAUGUGGAAAUGAAUGAAUAAAAAAUUAAAUUUUUGAAAUUUUAUUGUUAUUUUUUUUAACUUUAUUUAAUUUUUGCAUCUCAAAAAUACGUUAAAUUUUGAAAUAUUUUUGAUUGUUAAAGUUUUUAUCUUUAUUUUUAAUAUCUUUAAAUUUCUUUGAACAAGUUCUUUUCCUGAUGUCCUACAAGUCUAGCACUAACUUUUUAAGUUUGAACCGAAUUUUUAAUGUCCUUUUAGAUACAAUCUUUUUAACUUUCAAUUCCAUAGCCUCCGGG